AGUAAUUUGGUAAAAUUAAUAUCGAUUAUUUGACCUCUGUCGCCUGGUUAAUGUGUUGUGAACUGGCAGAGCCAUUUUUACUUUAGGACUGCUAUAACAUUAACUAUUUGAGAUCCUUAUAAAAAUGGAAAGGAUUAUAAUUUAUGCAGUAAUUUGUAUUGUAAUUCUGUGUGAUGAAAUCUCUCUAUCAUCAGAUUGUGAUAUCAAAUAUGUAUUUCAUAGAAAAGUUGGAGUUAAAAUGGCUGAUUAUAAAAACAAAGGACUGCAGUUUGUUCCUCAAAAUUUACCCAGAGACAUAAAUGUUCUAGAUAUAUCUUCAAAUCAGUUAAAAAGUAUUGAACAGUUCGUUGACUAAUUAUAAAUAUCUACAAGAACUUUAUAUUGGCUCAAAUCAAAUUGAAGAACUAUCUAAUAAGUCAUUUCUGGGAUUACAAAAUCUUGCCGUGCUCGAUAUGUCUCACAAUUCGAUUGAUUUAUCUUAUGCAUAUUCAGCAGAACUUUUUUUUUCAAUUCAAAACUUAAAAAAAUUGGAUAUCAGGAGUAAUAUGCUACGACCUUACAAUUAUGAUAAGGAAUUCAACUAUCCAGAUCAUGCGUUCGGUGUUCUGAGAGAAUUGACUUUCUUGGGAAUUGAUAUGAUGCCUGUGCCAAAUUUCGGACGCGGAUUCAUUCAAAUAACCAACCUUCGGGAACUGCACUUUGAAUCUUGUUAUUUAGUACGCCUAUCCAAUGAAACAUUCCAGACGUUUUCAUCUUCUGUAGAAGAACUUUCGCUUAGAAAUUGUCAGUUACACUUUGUGAUAACAGAAGUUGGCGCUUUGUGUCCGUUUCCUCAUUUUCGUUCCUUAGACUUUUUUGGAACGUUUAUGCAUCUUACGCGUGCAUUACAGCUAUUAAAUCCAUACAAUAAUGCAUCAAUAACUACAAUCAAUCUUGGCCAUGUAAGUGACCUAAGUAUUGAUAGUGAUGAGUUCCCAUAUGCGUUGACCAUUACAUCCGAUAUCAUGAAGAAUUUGAAAACAAUUUGCAUAGAAAAUCUCGAUUUAUCACAGAAUGGAAUAGUUGAUUACAGACGUGGAUCCUUGUUUUCCUUUGAUCACCCAGAAUGUUUACAACAUCUUUCAUUGAAAGGAAACAGACUUUCACUUCCUAAUAGAAAACAUCAGAAAGAACUAAACUCUUUUUUUGGAAAAACUUUACGAUUGAAAUCUUUGGAUUAUUCUUAUAAUGUUGUUAACUUCAUCAUUAAAAAUUCUUUGAAUUCCAAUUUGAAUUUUACAAGUUCUGAUGGCAGUUACGUUAUAUUACCAAAAUCAGUAGAAAAAUUAGAUAUUAGUUUCACAAUUGUAAACCCGUUACACCCACCCUUGUUUAUAGUUCCGUCAAUCAAUAACCUAACUCAUUUGGAUAUAUCUUAUACAACUACAACUGUUGGAAUGUAUUUUAUGACACUUCGGCUAGAAACAUAUAUUUCUGCUGGAACCAGGUACACAUUAGCUUGGAACGAAUUACACCUAUUUCCGAAAAACAACAUAAAAACGAUUGUAUUGAAAAACGCUGCCCUAAAUGAUGGAAUAGACAAUAAAGGAAACAACUUGUUCACAAAUGUUCAAUCUGUCGAGACACUUGAUAUAUCUGAAAAUAAUAUAUGGUAUUUUUCGGACGAUAUAUUUAAACUAAUGCAAAAUUUGUCAAACCUUUAUUUAACCAACAAUUUACUACAAUCUAUUCCAGAACAACUGAAUACGCUUACAAAAAUAAAGAUGCUUGAUGUUAGAAACAAUCUCAUUACAAGUGUAAGUUCGACCAUCAGAAAUUGGGCAGAUAAAAUGCAUGAAAUUCAUGGAAUGACAUUGUAUCUCGAUGGUAAUGCAUUUGAGUGCACUUGUGAUAAUGUAGAUUUGAUAAGGUGGAUACAAGCUACAAAAGUUAAUCUGGACAGCCAAUCAUAUAAAUGUAAAUUAUUAAAUGGAACAAUAAUUGAUCCACGUAUUGCCUAUAACUCUAUUUCCGAAUUGUUUGUGGACUGUAAGAGUACUAUGUGGUUAACUUUUGUUCCGACAUUACUUUCUACAUUUGUCACAUUAUCACUGUUGCUUGUGGUGUAUAGUAAGAGAUGGAAGAUCAUAUUUUUUACUUAUGGAAUUAUUCGCCGUGUUGUUGAGCGUAAAGUUCAUAAGAGUUAUCAAUAUGACGUGUAUAUAUCAUAUGAAGGGGAAAUAGCCAUUUAGAUUAAAGAUGUAUUAGUACCAAAACUUGAGGACGAGUGGGGACUGACCAUGUGCAUAAAAGAGCGAGAUUUUUCAAAUGGAUCGAGUCUUGCGGACAGAACAGCAGAAAGCAUCCAAAACAGCAGAUCCAUUAUUUUUCUCAUCACGCCAGAAUUUAAAUCCUCACGUGAUUGUUUAUUUGAACUCGAUAGAGCAAAAUACGAGAAAAUUACAAAAAAUCUUGAGCGUAUUAUUCUCAUUACAAAAGAUAUAGCAAUUACUGAUAUUCCUGUGGACUUUUCCUUCAUUUGGAAUUAUGCAUAUCUUAUUGAAUGGCAAAAGGAUCCCUACAGUUUAGACGAUAUCUGGAGAAGACUGAGAAUGUUAAUUGCAGAUAGCAUAGUUUCUAACAAAUACACAGCUUAAUAGAUAAAAUCAUUUUGAAAAGCAAUUCUGUUAUAAAACGAGAUAACUAUACACAUAUAUUCUGCCAUUAAGUAACAAUUCCGGAUAAGUCAUUUACUGUAAAAAAAAAAUUAUAUUUCGCAUGAAAAUGGUUUUCCGCAUUUGUAAAAAUAAAGCCAGUGAUCUAGCCAAUUUGAUUACUGAA